AGUAUAUCGCUUUUUCCCCCUUUUUCCUUUUUGCUAUUCUUUCUCUCUUCCUUCUUCUUCCUCGUACUUUGGGUUUUUUUCUUUGAGUCCACUGCUUGUCUGUUCUCAUCCUUUGUUUUUUUUUUGUCUCCUGUUGAUCAAACCUUUUUCGUCAUUUUUUUGAGGAUAUCCUUUCCUUCAUUGGUCGAUUUCUGUAUGUGCAUACGAUGAUCUGCUCUGCAAUGAUGACGCAAGAACAACCUUUUUUGAACGAGCCAUUGCCAUCAUCGAUUUCUCCUGAAGAAAAGCUCGCAGCAAUGAUGGUCGAUGAUGAAGACGAUAGCGCGGAAGACAAUGAUACAGAUUCUUCUACCGAGGAGUCCAGUCCACCCACCACUACCACCACUACCAUGACGAAGCCUCAACCUCAACCACUCUUCCUGAACUUUACCUCGGAUUUGUCGCCUCAAAAGAUUGGAAAAAAGAAAUCCAAAGCCGCGAAACGUCAAACUGCUUAUCGAGUCAAUGGUGUCAAUAUCCUGAAUAGAAAUAAUUUGGACAGCAAGACGGCGAUUGAGCGGAUUCAAAGACGACGUGAAAAUCAUAAUCACGUGGAACGACGUCGGCGAGAUAAUAUCAAUAACGCUAUACUGGAGUUGUCUCAAGUGGUACCCAACGCGAUUCAUCCUGGACAAAAACCGAACAAAGGCAACAUUCUAAAGUUGGCUUUGGAUUAUAUAAAGGCUUUGCAAGCGGAAAAUACGUUACUCAAAAAUCAACUGGGCGAACCGGAUGAAUUGCCCGGAGGUGAAGGUGCAGCAGGAGCGGUAAGAACGCCGAUGGAAGAACAAACAUACUCGAUGGGUUCCUGUGGAUCUUCGGCAGAGGGUCCUUCAACGUCCGGGUCGACCUGUUCUCCAAAACUCUCACGAAUGGUCCUGACCAAAUCCACCUCCUCGAGUAUUAAACAGACCAUGUCCUUGCCGUCGUCGCCCAUGCAGUUGGGACAACCGGACGAUCCUUCUUACAUGCGUCCUUCUGCAUUUGCUUUACCGCCUUGUCGGUCCAAUCCAGUCGCUGGUACAGUCACCCCAUCGACGGCUUAUUCCUCGUCGUCUUCCUCGUCUUCGGCCUCCUCCUCACCUUCCGCCUCACCUUCCACGUCCGCCUUGCCGGCUGCGACGUCCAUGAUCAUGACCUCCAGUUAUUCCCCACAACAACCGGUCCACCAUCAUCAUCACCACCAUCAUCACCCUGUUAUUGUGCAUCCUUCGCUUUAUCCCUACCAGGCUCCUUCGCCAUCCUCCCCAUCCACCAACAAUGGUUUACCUCCCUCUUAUUACCCGCCACAAUCUCAUCAACCUCAGCAGCAGCAGCAGCCACAACAUCAACCACCACCAACGCAACAUUCAUCUCCUUCCUCAACUGCGGACACUUGUUUGCCCCACUCUCCCCUCUCUGCAUCCCCAAAACAUCAUCUGUCAUAUCCUACGGCGACAAAUUUACGUCCUCUUUUACCGGCAACCAAACCAUGCCCUCCUUCGGUUUCCUCAGGAUCAGCUCAUCCACCACCUCCAUUGCCUUCUUUACGUAUGAGUGGUUAUGAAAAGAUGUAUGGUGGCGUGUGUCGUUAUUAGUUUUUUCUCGAAAACUUUCUCUCAUGCUCUAUGGUCCCCCUCCAUCUUUUUUUUUUUAUAUAUUACCCCACAUUGUUGGUCUUUUUUAUUUUCUUCUUCUUUUUCUCUUCUUUAUUUGACGUUUUUCUUCUAAUCUAAUCAUUCAUGUAUAUAAUGUCAUUCUUGAGAAACAAAUACAAUAAACUAUAGGAAAACA